AUGGACGACGACCGUUCCGUCUUCAACAGCCCCAUCCUUUACAGCGCCCUUUCUUCCUCCAGUUCACGGCACCUCAUACAGCCUGACAUCGACGCCGGCCUUCUUACUCUCUCGGACUACAAGACCCUUCAAAAUUACUUUAAUAAGAAACCCAUAUCCGCGCCUAAUGUCUGGUCGGUAGCAAUUGGCGUUCUCGCCAUUCAAACCAUUCGUCUCUUUGACCGCCAGGCUACUCCCUUCUGGCGUAAACCAUGGACUUUCGCGGUCGUGACGGGAGCAAGCGCCGCUCCCUUGAUUUACUUCCGCAAAGUUGAUCUCGACAUGCAGAAUGAUGUCUUACAACGUCUUGAGAACCCGGAGGGCGUCAAGCAAACGUAUAUCAAUGCUAAAGCGCGUUUCGCUCACGCUGCAGCACCUAAUUUCGAACCUCAUCCUGAUGAACCUCCACCAGCCCUUGGACAUCGCCCCAUGCCUUUAGCCUCAUCUACACCUUCGCCAGCCCCCACAACGGCAUCCAGCCGUUGGGAACAAAUUCGGGCUGCUAACGCGCGAAAUCCGGGUAUGUCUUCCUGGGACACCCUCCGGCAAAACCAUGAGCGUGUCAGCAUCAAACGUACACAAUCCGGUGGUUCAUCUAACCCUGACGAGUUUACCCGUGACGACCAAGCCACAGAACAAGCGCGUUUCGAUGCAUUACUAGAACAGGAGAGAAAUUUCGGGCAAAAUGUAAAUGAAUUCCAGAAGAAAAAGUAG